AUGAGUGAUCGCACGACAAACCAAAACAAUAACAACAGUCACAUUCUGAAUGACGAGGAAAUCCAAAGUAUAAUCAAUCCCAGUCAGACGGCGGCUGACAGCAAUCACCGAAACCCACAGCCAGUGGCAGAAGAUAUUGUAAAUCCCGCAUGGGAUCCUUCAAGUGCUAUGUCACCGUCCCAUCUCGAUCCAGUCCAGUCAACAGAGGGCUCGAUACAAGGCAUUUUCUCACCACUGGCUACCCAUGCGUCAUUGCUACCUACGGGCCAGGAACACUCCGGAGACAUCGUCAGACGCAGUACACCUUCCAGCUUUUACCCUGCAACUCUCAAUACCGAUACCGACCGCCCACCUGGUGUUCACGACUCGCUUCUGUCGGACUCAAUUCUCAUGCCCUACAGAAAUAGGCUACUGAAGCCGGUCCAAAAACCACAACCCUCUGUGUCACCCAAACAAUUACCCAAGCGGAAACUGACAAGUGCAAAAACCAGGCCCGCCUUUGUAAACAAACUAUGGUCAAUGGUUAACGAUAGUGCAAUUGCCGAUUUGAUGCACUGGGCUCCAGACGGGAAAUCUUUCAUAAUCACCAACCGGGAGGGCUUUGUGCAUAACGUUUUGCCCAGAUACUUCAAGCACUCCAAUUUCGCAUCGUUCGUGCGCCAAUUGAACAUGUAUGGCUGGCACAAAGUACAAGACGUACGAUCUGGAUCGAUUCAGGAGAAUUCCGACGAAAGAUCGCAAUUUGAAAACGAAAACUUCAUUCGAGACUCUGAAGAGUUACUGGAUAACAUUGUGAGACAAAAAUCGAGUUCCAACAAUUCCAAAGAUCUACUCGUAGGACAAAAUGGUGAGGAGAUGGAUUUAGGUAUAUUGCUGAAUGAACUAGAAUCUGUCAAGUUCAAUCAAAUGGCAAUUGCAGAAGAUAUCAAGCGAAUGUCCAAAGAUAACGAAUUGCUGUGGAAGGAAAAUAUGAUGGCUCGUGAAAGACAUCAGGCGCAACAACAGGCUCUCAAUAAGAUUUUGCAUCUUCUGACAUCUCUCAUGGGUUCCAACGCCCAAAAACUAUUGGGACAUGACCUUGCCAACCAGCUUGCCCAAACGAACUCCAGCUUCAACGAUAUACCGACGGGAAACAACAACUAUUGGGACCUGGGUAACCUGAAUAAUGCAAUGGCGCGUCCAAGACUGCUUUUGAAGGAUAGUCAAGCCCACGAUCUCUCCAAGAACCGCACCAACACGCAUAGUAGCGUUGAUCUGGGACGUGCGUCCUCUCCCAUACAGGAAAUAGGCCGCCAGUACAUUGACAACGCUUCAACCAUACCGACACACAUGUCUGCAAGUGACGCGGGUCAGAGUGCAAGCCGCAACUCACAAACCGGUCAAUCGGAGCCGGCAGCGUUCGAUUCAGGCUCAUCUGUGGGACCCAAUUUUUUCGAUGAUCUCGAGUCUAACAUCAAAAGACAGGGUGAAUCGAUCCAAGAGCUUGAAGACUGGAUCACCAAGAUGUCUCCGUCGCAUCACAACGGGACUGACAGUACGCCGGCCUCGGUAAGUGAGACAGCACUUGAUAAUCCUGCAGUCAGUUCCAACCAUAAUGAGCAGCCCACGCCUUCCAAUUUCGAUCUCCAAGAUUAUCUAUCCACUGCAGAUCCUAGCAAUCUCAGUCCACUCAUGCAGGAGAUACCGUCAGAACGACCCGGCAAACGCAAUCACACAUUACAAGAGGAAGAAGAAGGAGAAGAACACAACGAGGGCCAACAACAAAAGCGUCUACAGACGUCGGAAAAAAAGCAAAGGGCACGUAAUGGUGGGGAAAACUAA